AUGAGUUCAAGAAGACGCAUGGAAAAAGACGUUAUGGAUUUGAUGAUGAGUGACCACGAGGUCAACUUGAUCGAGGAUUCGAUGCAGCAGUUUUUUGUCAUUUUUAAGGGUCCUAAAGAUACGCCAUAUGCUGGCGGUACCUGGAAAGUGAGAGUGGAGUUGCCGGACCAGUAUCCGUUGAAACUGCCUUCGAUAGGGUUUGUGAACCGCAUCUACCAUCCUAAUAUCGACGAGUGCUCUGGAUCGGUGUGUCUUGACGUUAUCAACCAGACAUGGUCACCGAUGUUCGGGCUCUUGAACAUCUUUGAGAACUUCUUGCCUCACUUGUUGCGGUAUGCCAACCCCAGCGAUCCUCUCAAUACGGAGGCGUCGAACUUGAUGAAUAAGGACGAGUCUCGUUAUACGGAUAUGGUGAAGAAAUACGUGCAGCAGUAUGCCCUGGAAGACCUUCUGACCAAGGAGGGCGAGAACUCCGAGGAGGAGAACGAAGACGACGAGUUGAGUGAUGUGGGCAGCUUGUCGGAGGACGACGACGACUGA